GGCAGACAAAAAGCGGUCAAAUCUUAACUGUGAGCUUAGUGUUACCUCCGUGCUGUUGGUUCUGUGAUUUCAAAUAAAUUUACCAAUCUGUUCAAUAACGAAGCCUUUAAAUACUAAUAAUGAGUAUCUUAGCUCACAAUGGGUCUGCUGUGAUUGCAAUGUCUGGCAAAGAUUGCGCAGCUAUUGCUUGUGAUCUUCGGUUUGGGGUUAAUUUGCAGACAAUUUCCACUGACUUCACCAAAGUUUAUCCUCUCGGACCUCGGCUGUACGUAGGAUUUCCUGGAUUGGCAACUGAUAAUCAGACAGUAUUUCAGCGUUUACUUUUCCGAAAAAACAUGUAUGAACUACGUGAGAAUAGGACAAUCAAGCCUCAAACUAUAACUACAAUGUUAUCCAACUUGCUUUACGAGCGCAGGUUCGGACCAUACUUUGUCGAGCCAGUAGUCGCUGGUAUUGACCAUACUACGAACAAACCAUACGUUGCCUGCAUGGACUUAAUUGGCUGUGUAUGUGAGGCCAAUGAUUUUGUUGUAAGUGGCACAUGUACAGAACAAAUGUAUGGGAUGUGUGAAACACUUUGGGAGAAUAAUAUGAAUUCGAAAGAGUUAUUUGAGUGCAUUUCACAGUGCAUUUUGAACGCCCUCAAUCGUGACGCUGUAUCUGGUUGGGGUGCCCGAGUUUAUUUAAUAGAAAAAGAUGCAGUCACGAUUUCAGACUUGAAAAUGCGUAUGGACUAGGUUAAUGAAAUAUAAGCUACGUAUUUUGCUUGUUACACUUUUUCUUAUUCACACUAAUUUGUGGCACGGAUUGCUUUACUUCUAGUUUUCUAAAAACAGUGUAAACAAAGUUUUUAAUGUGGAUUUAUAUGUUUAUAUUUUACAUUGUAUGGUUCUAAAUUCGUAUACAAGACAUCAUUGUUGUAGGAACGCGUUUUUAUCAAAACGUGCUAUGAUCUCCUUCCUAUUACUGAGGAAGUUAGAUCUUCAUCGAAUGGUUGUAAUACUUAGUUUACGCCGCAGUUUAGCAUCUAGUCAUCAACUUCUAAUAAAAAAAAUGGCUGCACUUAAUAUUUGUAUCGUUUGACAUGAAGAAUUAAUCUGAAAUAUAAUUGUAUGCUGAUAAUAAUAUCCCAGCAUAUGCAAAGGAAUCGGGUGUGUA